GUUUGCAGUCACUUCAAAGCAUAUUCAGAACUCUGAAAUAUUUCAUACCCAGCAGUUGGCAUCCUCACUCCGAAAUGUCCUCGCACCUACAGGGCCACUGUGCAGCAGGGCGCAACAGUGUUCCCAUUUUGACCAUCGACCUGUGCAGUCCGGAAAAGCGGCCAGCAAAGCGCAGGUGCAGCGAGCUCGGAGAUCCGGAGGAUCCCUACAGGUGCCCCAUUUGCUUGGAGUAUGUGCGUCGACGCCAACCGGCUGCCACCCCUUGUGGCCACGUCUUCUGCUGCAAGUGCAUCGAAACGGCCAUCUGCCAUUUCAAGAAGUGCCCAAUAUGCAACAGGAAACUGACUGAUAGGCAAAUAAUUCACAUAUAUCUUUAACUUUAUUGAAAAUUCCGUUUUAAUUGCUUCGUUGUGUUUUAUUAAAUUUAUUGCCUCGUUA